AUGUAUUAGAAGGUUGAAGACGAGACCUCAAAGAAAGCCAUUUAAAUGCUACUAGAUGAGACGACAACGAACCGCUACAUCUCUUACAAAAAGCAGGAUACCAAAUCAAAUGUACUAGACUACUGCUCAUGUACCAACUAACCUAACCCUUUAUUCGAAGAAGAAAAAGCUUUACAUGCUGAUAAUUCAAUUUAAAUUGUAUAGUAAGAUCAACCUGACUUAAAAAUGAUUUCAUCUUAAUAAAUCCCUGACCCUUUAUUAUCAUCGAAACAAUCAUAAUUGAAUAUCUCGCCAAUGAGCUUUUAGACAUAAGAAAUUCUAUAAGCUAUUAAUUCACCUAAUUAGAUUCUAGUAAAAUCUAAACCUAAAUUUGAGCCUAAUUCUGUGUACUCUGAUGCUAGAAAAUAAAGCAAUCGGGGAUCUUAGUUCCGUGGAGUCUCUAGAAAUGGAAAAAAGUGGCAAGUUAUGAUUAUGGGUAAGAGUAAAAAGCAAUACAUAGGUGCCAUAGAAGAUGAAUCCGAAGCCGCCCUAAUUUACGACUGGCAUGCCAUUUGUAUUUUAGGCAAAAACGAAUUUCUCGUAUACGAGGGACCAUUUAAUGAAAAUAUCAGAGGCAUUCCAGUAUCUUCAAAAAUAUGA